UCGCAUUCAAAGUUAUAAUCUACCUUAACAACGGUGAAACAUGGAGCGACCCUCGCGAGCAUGAAACCAUCACACAUCCAGAAGAAGAGACAGAAAAGGAGGGAAAACAGAAGAAAGAGCCGCGAGAAAAAGAAACUUUGGAACCUGAUAAAUGAGUCUCUCACACUUGGAACAUCCACAGACACGAAGAGCUUCCCAGAACAAGACUCGAAAGUUGGACAGGAAACAACCCAAAUAUUUGUAAGUGGAGACAAAAACCACAGAGACAUGGUGAACCAAAACAAGAAAAAGAAGAAAGAGAAGCAACUUCCAAAGUUGAAACAACCUUCCCCAUCAGAGACAAGUGAGACGAUCAAAUCUCCCCAGAAAGCCAAGAGAAAAGCAAAACAUCUCAAGGAAAAAGGACAACCUCUUGUAGAAAAAUCUAGCUUUAUGGACCCAGCACAACACACAAAACAGAAAACCAGUCCGGAAAAGAGGCCUUUGUCUCAAAGCAAAGAGGAACCAACCUCUGCUAAACGUCUAAAAACAAAGAAGAUAGUUGAAAAAGGUGGACUAAAGACAGUUUCAGGUAGUGGUGUCACUGCUAGAUUUGACCUAAGCUCACCACAAAAACUUUUCAAAAGCAUCAUUUCACCAGUGUCAUAUUAUGAGCAAUUCUUUGCUGACUACUGGGAGAAGAAACCAUUGAUUGGUAAAAGGAAUGACACAGCAUUGACAGAGGAAUAUAAGGCACUAUUCUCUAGAGACAUAUUGAAGAGACUGUUGAAGAAGCAGGAGAUUGAGUACAUCAGGGAUGUGAAUGUGUGCAGAUAUGUCAAUGGCAGGAGGGAGUCGCUGAAUGGAACAGGAAGAGCCACCUGUAAACAGAUUGACAAACUGUUUGACCAGUCUAGGGCCACCCUACAGUUCCACCAACCACAGAGGUUUCAGGACAAAUUGUGGCAGUUGUGCAGUCUGUUGGAGUGUCUGUUUGGCUGCCUGGUGGGAGCCAACGUGUACAUGACACCCCCGGGCUCACAAGGGUUAGCACCACACUAUGAUGAUGUGGAGGUGUUCAUCCUGCAGCUGGAGGGGAGGAAACACUGGCGCUUAUACACGCCCCCUGUUGAUCUUCCUAGGGACUACAGCAGAGAUCUGGAGCAGGACAGUAUUGGCCAGCCAAUACAUGAUUUUGUCUUAGAGGACACAUCUCAGCCUCUUGCUUCUCCUAAAGGCACCCCUCCCAGCCUGAACAGUUUCAUAAAGAUGAGGUUUCCUGGCUACAUGGCGCUGUGUUCACAACCAGCAGAAACCCAAGAUGAUGAUGAUGAAGAGGAAGAUGACUAUGAUGAUGAUGAUGAUGAUGAUAAUGAUGGUGACCAUGAGGAGGAUGAUGAAGAUGGUGAUGAUGAUGAUGACCAUGAUGAGGAAGAAGAUGAUGAUGAUGAUGAAGAGGAAGAUGAAGAUGACAGCAUCACUGCUGCUGAUGAUGAUAAGGACAGAGGAAGGGAGAAGUCUCCCCAGAGUGACCAGGAGUGGGUGUACCUGUACCACUGUCUGCACAACAGGAGAGAGGAACACAUGAUGGGCACAAGCCGUGAUCAGCCACAAGGCCUGAAGUUCCCUGCCACGUUCCUUCCAGUCUUGCAGAAGUUAGUGAAGAUGGGGAGAGAAGACAGAGUCCAGGUGAAAGGACUGGGACUGGAGCCUGAGGAUAACCUACAGGUGGCAACUUACCUGUGGGCUGAGGGGCUCAUUGUGAUAUGUUAGGGAUAAUCUUAUUAGCACCUGGUUACCAAACCUAUUUUAGCUACCAAAUCUCUUCUGUCCUCUCUGCAAAUAGGUUUGGUAAGAAGGCUAUAACUUUUAAGUAAUGGUCCUAUCUUUGAGUUGUGGCCACCUACAAUGCAAUAGUAUAUGGAAGCUGUGCCCAGUGUUUCCGGGCUAGUUUUUGACAUGUUUUGUUAUUUUGCUAGUCUCUCACAUAUUCUGUUCACUUGUUGUAAGUUUUUGUUGUACAUGUGUUUAAAAAUAUGAAAUAUAUAAAAAAAUCUUAACUGAUAAAGAAAGGGCCUCAAGUUCUAUCAACAUUAUCACCCCUUCCUAAUAGAUUGUGGUCCCUUGCUAAAAUGCCUUGUUUAAUAGAAAAGCUGAUAAAAGUUACUCUUUGUAAACAUACAGUGAGGAAAGUAGUUGAAAAUUCAAGAAUCAUUAAAACACAUACACGAACAUCAGUUUUAAUUCUGCUUCACCAUUUAUUAAAAAACUUCAUUACAGCACUUUCAAUCUGGAGUAAGUUAUUGUGCCUCAGUUGUCUGUUGCUUCACAUACACAUUCAUGAAAAUGUAGAAUCCUUUAAAAU